AAGGAGAGGAAACGAGUGAAAACGAGCGACUGCUCACGAUUGCUAGGCUAGCGGAGUAUCGGCUGAACGCACUCAUUAUUUCACGUGAAACGUUGCUCUGUUUCUGUAGGACGAUUAGGCUAUUCUCAUCUACGCGCCUGACGAAAGAACGAAAAAGAAAUAUGACGGGUUGCAGUGCAGAUUACUGUACGAACUCAUCGAGCAAAGGCUUCCAAAUGUGCAGAUUCCCACGAGAAGAGAAAAGAAGAAAAGUAUGGAUUGCUAAUGUUAACCGUGCAGACUGGGUUCCUGGAGUGAGUUCGACAUUGUGUUCAAUUCAUUUCUCAGACGAGAUGUGGGAAAAAACACGGGGAGGUAAACGCCGCUUGAAAUCUACAGCAGUUCCAACUAUUUUUGGUGAUCGUCUGAUACAUACAUCUGUACAAGAAGAAGAUGAACCAAAGAAUAUUCCUGAAAAUGAACAUGAAAAUUUUAAUAAUACAUCGCAAGAAGCACAAGAAAGACCCAUAAAUAAUGGUGAUGUUCACAACAAUUCAGAAGAAAUUCAGGAAACUGAAGGAAGUAUUGAAGAACUGAAGGAAAAAACGCCUUUCGAAGAAACACUUGAACAACGAUUUAAUAGAUUACAAAAAUUAUAUGACAAAUCGGAAAAAUCUAGGAUAGCUUUGAAAAAGAGUCUUAUUGCAGCCAAUAAACGGAAUAAAAAAUUACAACUUGUAUACAUGUAAAAUUACAAUUUGUCAUCAAUAUAUAUUUUUUACGAAUCAUUAAAUAUUUUUUACGAAAGGAACUCUUGCGCACCAAUUACCACUGAAAGAAUUUGUUUAUAUUUUAUUAUUUGUAAAUAAACUAUAACUGUAAGAAUUACUGUACAACAUUUUCGGUAUUUAAAUAUGAAAUAUUUUAUUUUUCUCAUUGUAUAAGAAUAAUUCACUCAUAAAAAAGUCAUGUAAGGUUUCAUUGUUGACAUUUUUCCGCGAUGCUGAUUGCUUUUUUCGUAAACAUCUAUCAUUACUUAUUUUGACAGUUUGUGUAUUAAUUCGUUAAUAGUAUAAUGUAAUAGGAAUUGUAUAAUUAAAGCUAAAUAACACGCGCGUAGCGCGUGUCUGUCAUGUCUAAUUAUAUAAAAUAUACACAUUUGCAUUGAAACACGUUUGAGUUUUGCCGCUGAAUAUACCACUUCCGGUUUUGAGACAAAUGGCGACGG